AUUCUAGAAGAGAAUAAGAAAAAAUGGCUGAAAAUGAGCAGAAAGCAAACCAGCUGUGUGCUGAGGCCGAGAAAAAGUUGAAUGCAAAACCGUUUCUAGGCGGAAUAUUUGGCGGAACUGGAAAGCAGGAUGAUGCAAUUGAGAUGUAUGGCCGAGCUGCAAAUCUUUACAAAAUGGCUAAAAAAUGGGCAAAAGCAGGAGAUACGUUCACCACCAUUGCUGAUCUUCAUCUUAAGGCUGGGAGCAAUCAUGACGCAUCUACCAACUAUGUUGAUGCUUCAACAUGUUAUAAGAAAUCGGAUCCAAAACUUGCAGCAAACUCUCUUCAGAAAGCUAUAGAUCUGUAUACUGAAAGUGGAAGGUUUACUAUUGCAGCCAAACACCAUCAAACAAUUGCAGAGAUUUAUGAAUCAGAGGGAGCUGAUAUAGAGCAAGCGAUGGUUCAUUAUGAGAAGGCUGCAGAUUUCUUCAAGGGAGAAGAAUCCAACAGUUCGGCAAAUAAAUGUAUGCUCAAGGUUGCCGAAUAUGCUGCUAAGCUGGAGAAGUACGAGCGUGCGAUUGAAAUUUAUGAAAAAGUUGCGGCAGACGCGCUGGAGUCGUCUUUACUAAAGUACAGUGCCAAGGAACAUUUCUUCCGCGCUUCACUCUGUCAUUUGUGCAUUGAUCCAUUGAAUGCCCAACAUGCUCUAGUCAAGUACGAAGAAGUGUAUCCGGCCUUUGCUGACAGUAGAGAAUCUAAACUUGUGAAGACUCUGGGGAAAGCUUUAGAGGAUCAAGAUGUUGAAGCAUUUACAGCUGCCAGUCAGGCACAUGAUUCAGUGCAAAGAUUCGAGAACUUCCAUACAACACUACUUCUAAGAGUUAAGAAGCAGAUACCAGUUGAAGACGACCUUUGUUAAUCUCUCUUAAUACAGGGUUUCCCAAUAAACAUGGGAAUUUAGUGACGAAUUAAUUAUCGUCUUUUCAAAUAAUUCUUUGUUUUAGU